CUAUGAUAGUCUGAUGUCUGAGGAGAAGAGUUGACUCCUCUUUCUCUGAAGAAAAGCCGACUGUCAUUCUGUCCUCCAAGAGGGAGAGCAGGGACUGUCUUGUGUCAACUGACUAUCUAAAUAAAAGUUCCCAGCCUUGAAAAGAACAUCUUGUUUCUGGGCCUGAAGAUAUCGACACAUUACAUAAUUUGUAGUAGUGCUUUCUUCUACAAUGUCUGAAGACGUGACCUACGCGACACUCACAUUUCAAGAUUCUGCUGGAGCAAGAAAUAACCGGGAUAGAAAUAACCUAAGGAAAAGAGGGUAUCCAGCUCUAUCCCCCAUAUGGCGUCAGACUGCCCUGGGCCUGCUAAUGCUCUGCCUGAUGCUGUUGAUAGCACUGGUGACCUUGGGGACUGUGUUUUUGCAGAUGUCUCACAAAAUUAACUCAGAUUCAGAGAAGGUGAGUCAACUGCAGAAAGUCAUCCACCAGCAGCAAGAUAACGAAUCCAAACUGCUGAACUUGCCCACGGAGGAGCAAUUUCUCAAGUCCCAGAUUUCCAACCUGUUGAAAAGGCAGGGGCGAAUGGCCAUCAAACUUUGCCAAGAAUUAAUCACUCACAUUUCAGACCACAAAUGUAAUCCUUGUCCUAAGAUGUGGCAAUGGUACCAAAACAGCUGCUAUUAUUUCAUAAUAAAGGAGGAGAAAACCUGGGUUAACAGUAGACAAGACUGCAUGGACAAGAACUCCACAUUGGUGAAGAUCAACAGCUGGGAAGAAAAGGAUUUUCUCAAAUCGCAUCCAAUACACAAAUUUUCUUUCUUCUGGUUGGGAUUAUCGUGGGAUCCACCCAGCAGAAGUUGGCUAUGGGAGGAUGGGUCUACCCUCUCCCCAUCCUUACUUAGUACUACAGAAUAUGCCCAGAUCAAUGGAUCCAAAGAAUGUGCCUACUAUCAAAAUGGAAAUAUUUAUACUUCCCGCUGCAGUGCUGAAAUCUCCUGGAUUUGCGAAAAGGCAGCUGCAUUAGUGAAGAUCGAAGAUUUAGAUUAAAAUGCUUCUUCUAAAUUCACUAAGAAGUAAGGCACUUGCUCUUAAACUUACAUGAGGAAGGAGAAGGCUACACCAAUAGAGGCAAAAACAGAUUAAAAAAUGACAGCAUUUAAAUCGUCAGGCAAAUAAGAUUUCUUUAUAGGUGCAUCCUUUGCUAACUUCUCAUCUGAUGUUCUUGUUUUUCAGCCUUACAAUUAUUGCUGAAGCCGAAGGGAAAUAGCUGUUGCAUAGCCCUUUUAUUCUAUUUCACAAUCAUUUCACUGAACUCCCUCUCUCUCAAGUAAAAGACUCUUUUCUUGCUCUGUCACUACAAAUCACAAGUGCACAGGGUGAUAUUUAAAUAUUUAACCAGAACUGACACAGGCCACAGCUCUGGAGCAAGGUCCAGGAGGACUUGAUUUGAUUUUGCUGGAUCCUGUUGUGAUUUGGGGGAUCGCAGGUAGGAGUUUUGAUGGAGUGCAGUGCUAUACUAAAUGAUUUGGAAAUUCCCAAGUAUCUAAGCAAAUGGCCUGUCUUUACCACUGUGUACAUGCUAAGUAGCAACCUGUGAGUGUAAAAUAACUUCCUCCUCCACCUCCCCAUGAAAAUGCAUUUUAAUUGCUCUUUAAAAUUUAAAUAUUUGUAAUCCAGGUGUAUUCCAGUUAUGUGUAACCAGGUAUAUCAUUUAGUACUUAUAUUCUCAUUUAUUUAAAUUAGUAAUGUUGAGGUUGUUGAUUUAGCAAUCUGUGUAUUAUUAAAAGUUUAAUCUACUUUAUUUUAUUUUAUUUUUUGUGAAACUUCAGCAAUCUUUAUUACCAAACUCUCACCCAGCUAAGAGCAAAAACUAUUUCUAACAGGAUCUAGUACAGAGGUACUGAAUAAAGAUUGUCUCUCAAACAAGGGAUUAAACACAUAUAUACAUCUAAUUAAAGGGAAAAAAAUUCUCCAGUGUUCCAAAAGCAAUUUCAGUCUAUAAAACAUUUUGCAGUGAAUCAACACUGCCUUAAAAACUCCAAGUCAGGAUAAACCCUUGAGAAAACAUUUCCUCUUAAAAAACAAAAACAAAAACAAUAAAACCCUUUCUCAUUCCUGUUAAACGUUCACAAAUUAUUCCUAGAAACACCCACAGUAAGGCAUAAACAUGAGCCAGCUCACCUGUGUCUCCUGCUCAUCCUUGAGGAUCAUUCCUCUGGAAUGUUAUUCUAGACUACAACCAGGCAGCUGAUCCUUAAUAU